AUGGCAAAUUCACCCCACGGCGGAGAACUGAAAGAUCUUCUUGCGAGAGACCUUCCCCGACACAAGGAGCUUGAUGCGGAGGCUGAGACUCUGCCGGCGAUCGUCCUGAGCGAGAGGCAGCUCUGCGAUCUCGAAUUGAUUCUUAGUGGGGGUUUCUCCCCGCUUGAAGGUUUUUUGAACGAGAAGGAUUAUAAUGGUGUCGUUGAAAACAACCGACUAGCAGAUGGGAAUCUGUUUUCUAUGCCCAUCACCCUGGAUGUGAGCGAGGAACAGAUCAAAGCUUUGGGAAUCAAGCCACAGGCCAGACUCGCUCUUCGUGAUUUCCGUGACGACCGCAACCUUGCCAUUAUAUCUGUUGAUGAUGUCUACAAACCAGACAAGACCAAAGAGGCCAAGUUAGUCUUUGGAGGAGAUGCGGAUCAUCCAGCUGUGAAGUACCUGCACAACACUGCCCAAGCAUACUAUGUAGGAGGAAAGAUCGAUGCUAUCCGCCGCUUGGAACACUACGAUUAUGUUGCUCUCAGAUACACCCCAGCAGAGCUCCGCCUUCACUUUGACAAGCUCGGCUGGUCAAGGGUCGUUGCUUUCCAAACUCGAAACCCCAUGCACAGAGCUCACAGGGAAUUGACUGUUCGCGCUGCCCGAUCUCGCCAAGCCAAUGUUCUCAUUCAUCCCGUUGUUGGUCUUACCAAGCCAGGAGACAUCGAUCACUUCACCCGAGUCCGUGUUUAUCAGGCUCUUCUCCCCAGAUACCCCAAUGGAAUGGCCGUCCUUGGUCUCCUCCCCCUCGCUAUGCGGAUGGGUGGCCCUCGCGAGGCCAUCUGGCACGCCAUUAUUCGCAAGAACUUUGGUGCGACACACUUCAUUGUUGGUCGUGAUCACGCCGGCCCAGGAAAGAACAGCAAGGGCGAGGAAUUCUACGGACCAUACGACGCGCAGUACGCCGUGGAGAAGUACAAGGACGAGCUCGGCAUCGAAGUUGUCCCCUUCCAAAUGAUGACCUACCUCCCAGACAGCGACGAGUACCGGCCCAAUGAUGAAGUCCCAGCCGGUGUUCGCACACUUGACAUCUCAGGCACCGAGCUCCGCAACCGUCUGCGCACUGGUCGCGAGAUUCCAGAAUGGUUCUCCUACCCCGAAGUCGUCAAGGUGCUCCGCGAGUCCCACCCUCCCCGCCAUGAGCAGGGCUUCACUGUCUUCCUGACCGGCUACCAAAACAGCGGCAAGGACGCCAUCGCCCGCGCCCUGCACGUAACCCUCAACCAGCAAGGUGGCCGCUCCGUCUCCCUACUCCUCGGAGAGACAGUGCGUGCUGAGCUCUCCUCCGAGCUUGGCUUCAGCCGCGCAGACCGUACCCGCAACAUCGGCCGCAUUGCUUUUGUUGCCUCCGAACUCACCCGCUCCCGCGCCGCCGUCAUCGCUGCCCCGAUCGCCCCUUAUGAGGAUGCCCGUCAACACGCUCGCGAGCUUGUCGAGAAGUUUGGCGACUUUUAUCUCAUCCACGUUGCCACCUCCCUUGAGCACGCCGAGAAGACCGACAAGCGCGGCAUAUACGCCAAAGCGCGCAGAGGCGAGAUCAAGGGCUUCACUGGUGUCGAUGACCCAUACGAGACUCCUAAGAAGGCCGACCUGACCGUUGAUCUUGAGAAGACUAGCGUCCGGAACGCCGUUCAUGAGAUCGUGCUGUUGUUGGAGAGCCAGGGACUGCUGGAUCGUCUAUAG